GUUCCACUAAGCGCUCAUAACGUUCACGCUCAAGAUCGCGAUUUUUCCCGUUCCACUUGCUUGCGAGCGUUACAAUCAUAAACUCAAGUGGAAUGGGUUAUGGGGCGUUUUAAGCGUCAAUCCUGUCAAUGUAUGUAAAUAAAUAGUAAAUAAUAGUCAAAAUCACAGAAGAGAAUUCAAAAAAUCUGUCUAAAAAAAAGAAAUCAAAAUGUCUUUGGCGACAGUUGGAUAUUUGGUGCAUCGGAAUGUGUCUGAAACUUCUUCAUCUAGUUCAGACGAAGAGUGGAAUGCAAUUUUACAAAAUCGCGAUCGUAAAAAGCGAAAACUUAGACCACGUAUUAUUGGCUAUGAGAAUGUAAUUAAUCGUUAUUCAAGUGAAGAGUUUAAAAGCCAUUUCAGAAUUUCAAGAAACACAUUCAAUUAUUUGCAUGAGUUAAUACAAGAAGAUUUAGUUCGACGUGUUCCAGGAUGUCCUACAAUUCCUUCUCAUCAUCAAUUGAUGAUAGCUCUUUGGAAAAUGGCUACAACGGAUUCUUAUAGAUCAGUUUGUGACAGAUUUAACGUAGGACGAGCUACUGCAGUAAGAGCUGUACGUCGAGUUUGUAAAGCUUUAUUUGUAAGAGCCUCAAGAUUUAUACAAUGGCCUACAGGAGAUCGUGCUAUUGAUGUUAUGCGUGGAUUUGAAAGAGCAAGUGGCUUUCCUAAAACAAUAGGUGCUAUUGAUGGGACUCACAUUCAUAUAAAUGCUCCGAAAAAUAAUCCAGGAGAUUAUAUCAAUCGGAAAGGAUUCCAUUCUAUUCAGUUGCAACUCGUAUGUGAUCAUAAAACAAAAAUAACACAUUGUUAUGUUGGACACCCUGGGUCUGUCCAUGAUCAGAGAGUGUUCCGACUGUCAGAAGUUGCAGAUUACUUAAAUGACGAUGCUGCAUUUCCAGAAAAUAGCCACAUUCUAGGCGACGCGGCAUACGAAAUACAUCAAAAUUUAAUGACUCCUUAUCGAGAUGAUGGACAUUUAAGUCAGAGACAAAAAAAAUAUAACUACCAUCAUUCAUCUGCUCGAGUAACUGUUGAAAGAUGCAUUGGAUUAUUAAAAGGACGAAUGAGGAGUUUAUUACAUUGUCUACCAAUGACAAGGGUAGAUUUAAUUGCAGAGUACAUUGUUGCAUGCUGUGUAAUUCAUAAUAUCUGCAUUUUACAAGAAGAUGAAUUAAUUGUUAUCACCAUACCUGACGGCAAUCAGGUAAAUAAUGGAAACAUUUUGCGUGAAGUAAGGAGAAAUGCAGGAAUUCUUAAAAGAGAUGUUAUCAUGGAUUCUUUGUAAAAUGAAAAUCUAAUUGCAUAAAUUUAUUUUUAUAUUAAACUAUCAAAUGUAUUAUAACGUGUGAAGUAUGAGUCAUUGAUGGAGUAAGUCCAUUAUCUCAUUUGUUUUGAGGUUUACAAAAAAAUGUCUGUAUACUUGAUAAUAAUUUUAAAAUAUGUAUCAUAACCUUUUCUGUAACUUUUGUAUUUAACAUUUUUUUGUAAACCACGAAACAAAUGAGAUAAUAAACUUUACUCUAUUGUUGACUCACCCUGUACUUUUAAUAAAAUUAAUAGUGAA